AUGAACUACCAGGCGAUUGUCUGCUCUUUUAUUCUUGCCAUUGGAGCCGUCCUCAUUUGCAUUUCCACCAGAACGUUGGUUUUUCCACCUUUUUUCCUGUUUAAUUACGAUUCCGUAGUUUAGUUCGAGGUAAAAAAGGUUUGCAGCAAAAAAAAAAACUAUCGGAAAAGCAAGUGUGGCGGGUAUAAUAUUCUGCAUAGACAUGAAUGAUGAAUUAGCUUGCAAGCCUGGGAAUAAAUAAGUAAAAAGGGAGACCUUCAAGUUUCCUUAUAACUAUGCCUUGAGAAAGGGGACCGGAAAUCUCCUUUUGAUUCUUGAGCGAUAGGAUAUUGGGAGGUAAAAUCGAAGUGAAACUGAAACUUUUUCAAAAUACGGAAAAAUUUUUGCAAGCGUCAUAACUCAUAAGUUGCCGAGAAAAUUCAAGAAAGAAUAGUUUUAAAAAAAUGGAUUUUUUACGGAUUUUUUCGGGAAAAAGGGAUUUUCCCCUUUUCUCUCCUAAUGAGAUAGUUCUGAAAAGCUAUUUUCGAAGGAGAGAGUUCGAUAAAAAAAAGUUUUUGAGUUUUUUUGGAAAUUUUAUUGUCUUUUUUUCUUGAUAUCAUUUCACGCAGUUUUUUUAGUUUUUCAAAAAAACAAGAUUUUUCUAGCUAGAAAAAAAGAGAAUAAUCAAAAAUUACAUUUAUCCAAUUAGUGACUUAAAAAAAGAUAAGACUAUUUAAUCGAGAAAUUUUUAUUCUCUACUUUACCUAUUUUUUGUUGUUAAAAUGUUUUAUUUUUGAUAUUCUCAAGUGUUUGCUGCCUCGUUACUCAUUAUGCUGGUUCCCAUCUAACUUUACAGAGCAGACGAAGACUCGGGUCUAACGAACAAUGUCCACACGGGAGUCUUGGUCACUGGCAUCGUUCUGACUGUUAUUGGCGGAUGUGGAUAUCUUUUCACCAUUUAUGAAGUUGUUAGUUAGUUUAUCGAAUGUUGAAGAAGGGUUAUUUGUCAAGAAAAGGUUAUUUUUUUCAUCUGAGAAACCUAAAUUUUGAAAAAAAAACUUGAUCCGAUUUCCAGAUUAUGAGGGCUCAUCGAAAGUUCAAAGAGCAGAAGCUGAGGAAACUCGAGGAACAGGUUUUUUUUUUCUCAUAUAUCUUUCUUUAGACUUGCCUAUGGAAUGGCUCGAAGCGGUGCGGUCGCGUCGCGGAUAUAAACGAAAUGACAUCGAAAAUUUAGCUAUAGUCCAAUGCUACCAACAGAUAAAAGCGCAAAUCGUUUUUUGUCGGACGCGUUUUGAAGAAAUCGGCUGGCCAUUGAGCCAUUCCCCGAGUGCUUUCCGUCCAACAGGGUUAAACGGAGAUUUUUGGAGGAAAAUUUCAAUCAAAAAGGAAAGGAUGAACUUUUUUCAUCGGAAGGAAGUUGUUAAUGUAUCUAAUAUUUGGAAGAGCAAAAAAGAACAUUCUAGAGCUAUUUUUCGAGUUCCCGAAAAGGUGUCAAAAGUCUCUUUUUUUUCACCUCCUUUUUCUCUCCUUAAAAGUCCUUUUCAAAAAAAAAAGGUCAAGAAAAAAGGCCUGUGAGGUCCUUUAGAGGCCUUUUUCCAAAGGUUCUUACUAGCUCCUUCUGAACUUUGCCCGUCAGUAAGACUCAAAAAGACGUUUUCCUUUCCUGAAAUGAAUGGCUCGAUUUGAGGUUGUUCGACGGAGGACGGCGACAAUGUUGGCCGAGGCGGCGGCGAAAAAAGAGCGAACUAAAUCACAAGUACAAUUUGUCUGACGCGAUUUGAAUUUAUACGAUGUGCAAUAAAAAGCUACGACUGUCUCAUUCGUUUGCGUGGGAAUGUGAAAACCGUCCGGAACGUCGAUAAGAUAUUGAGCCAGCGUCCCGAUCGAUUUGUUUUUUUCUUCCUUAUCUUUCCACUGCCCCUAUCGAAUUAUGCAGCGAGAAUUGCGACUUCAGCCCCUUGGAAGGAGCGAACUCUAUUCGAGAAGGACGGCCGAAAUUCGGAAACGGUUAGUGGUUGAUUUUAAAUAUUGUUACUUUAAUUUAUAUGUCGUUUUUCCCUCGUUUCAUUGUUUCUUCGUCAACAAAAAAGCUUAUAGGGGAAAAUUGCAAAAAAAUGAGUCAUGUUUUUAGGCAAUUUUUUUCAGUCCUUUCAAGUUUUUCGAAAAAAAGAUUGAUUAGUUUUGGUUUUUUCGUUGACCUAAUCAAACCAUCUGUAUAAAAAGUGCAAAAAACAAAUAAAAAUUCUAGAAGUUUUCAGAACAACAGAGAAAAACUGCGACCGAUGUAAAGUCCCGUUCGAGCAAAAUGAGUCCUUCCUUGCGGUCGAUUCAACGUCCUGGCAUCUUCGUUGUUUUCUGUGAGUAAAAAUUUUUUUUUCGGUGGCAAUUUAAUAAUGUAUCCGUUUUUUUGCAGAAAUAUAGGAGUAAGUUGACACAGAGUGACCUGUAAUAAUAAUGAAAAAAACAUUUUUCUGCCAUGGAGAAUAUUACAGUAUAGUCAAUGUUUCCCGACUUGAAAAGGGGAGGAAGGCGGGGCAAGGGGCGGGACGCGUAGCGUGUGCGCACGCGGUUCUUGGCGCCAGUUCAAUUCAAUCGCCGCCGACUAUGUAAAAAGCUCGGCGACCGCUCUUUCUCUGUAUUUUUCUACUAAUUUUUUUGAUGCACAAAUUAACAUAAUCAAUAAAUAAUUAAAAAAAGAAGUGAAAAAGAGCGAUAAAUGAGCUCUCUGAAUGCUCGCUGGCCGUUGAAUUGAACUCGUGCCAAGAACCGCGAACGCACACGCUACGCGCCCCGCCCUUUGCCCCGCCUCCCUCGCCUUUCAAGUCGGGAAACAUUGACUAUACCUAUCAUUGAAACUGACCUCGUUACUUUCCAAAAAAAAAAUUAUUUUAAAGAUGCGCCCAGUGUUUCGAGCCCAUCAGCGACGCCACCUACUAUAAUGUCGAUGGGAGGAUGUAUUGCGAGCACGACUUCAAAGUUCUGUACGCGCCGAUUUGCGCGAAAUGCGGUAAGUUCACACUUCUGCUCAAAUCCUUGAUCUUUUUUUCUUUUUUUCUUUCAUCCAGUCCUUUUUCACCUUUCUAAAGACUUUCUCAAUCUUUUGAAAUUCCCUGUCUAGUUUAGUUCUAAAAUGAAAAGUGAAAUAUUUUUUCAAAUGUCGGAAACAUUUUUGCUGCCGCUAAAUGUUGUUUGUUUUGCUAACUUGGCGUUUAAAGUCGGCAUGAAAUAAUUCUGAAAAAAAAAACCGCCGAAUUAUCAAAUUUUACAAUUCUGACCAUGUCAUGAUUCAUUUUUCCUAGGUGAAUUCGUAAUUGGCCACGUGAUCAAAUCGAUCAACUGCUCCUAUCAUCCGGACUGUUUCAAGUGCUCCGAAUGUUCGAAUAACCUGGACGAAGGCGUCUAUAUUUUCGAUGCCAAGUUUAAUUUAUUCUUAUUCAUUUUUGAAAUAUUAUGAUUCAGAUUAUAUUGCUCGGAUUGCAAUAAGUUUUUGGAGAGAAAGCCAACUUACAUCUGUAAAAAAUGUGAGUUUGCGGAAAUUAUUGUAUGGCUAAUUUAUGGGUGGCCUGAGCCGUCGAAAAAAAACACGAUAAAAAAUAGUUUCUUGUUGGUGGAGAGUUUAGACAGGCCACGCCUCUUAGCUUCUCAAGCAAGCCAUGAAUCGACUAAGAAUGAUUGAAUGAAUAAGUUUCAGGUAAGCAAUUGGUGGAUGAGGACGAGUUUUUGCAUUUCGAAGGCGAAAUUUAUCACGCCAGUCAUUUCGACUGUUCUGAUUGCAAGUCGGUUUUGUGAUUAAAAUUGAAAUUUUAGUUUUUAAUAAAAUUCUUCUGAUUAUAGUUCCUCCUUUAUCUAUACCUUUUUAGCAAAUAAUCUUCAGAGAAUUAGCAGAAAAUAGGCGAUAAAAAGUUUAAACCUCUCUUUAUCAGUUUUCAUUUGAAGUUAAUAUAGUUUAGCAUUAAUGGUUAAAAAAAGCAGCGAUGAAAGAAGUAAAAAUAAGAAAUUAACGAAAAUAAGCUCAACUCGUAAGCUCCUAGGAUAACACUGAAGAAACUCGGACCUUUGCAACGCAAACCAGACGCAUCAUGGCCGUUUUCUUAGUUAUUCCAAGGAUCACUUUUUUUUUUGCCGCUAAAGUGGUCCCUAGAAAUGCUCUGGAACGUCCGUGGUGCGUCUGGUUUGCGUUACCAAUGUCCGAAAUUGUUUCCCUGGCAAAACAACACAUUUUCAAUUGAAUUUUGAACUCACCUUAUUUCAAUAAUUAAAGCCGUGAGGCGCACAAGUUUUCUUAAAAUACCUUCCGGCUAGUUUUUCGUUCUUUUCUAUUUUGAUUAUUUCUCUUUCUUCCCUUAUGUUUUACUCAGUUUUCUAUCUAAAAACUUUCUUUAAAUUUCUGACUUCCAGAAAAACUCUGACGAAAAAUGCUCGUCAAAAAGACAAGGACUUAUUCUGCGAACGUUGUUUCGACCUGAGAUGCGAAUCGUGUGCCGAUUGCCGAACUCCGAUCGAUCCACAGAAAGAACGGAGUAUUCUUGUUUUGGGUCGACAUUAUCAUCUCAAUGUGAGUCAUCAAAAACAAAUAAAAAGACAAACUGAAAUUUUCUAGAAAAAGUCAUGAAAUUGUCAGUUUAAAAAAAUAAUACUUCAAAUUUCUCAUUCGAUUGUACCUGUAGAUAUGAGCAGUACGGAAAACAAAUGUUGAAAACUUCUUGGUUUUUUUCUGAAAAUUUUCAAAGCUUUCACUUGAGAAGAUUUUUCGAGUAUACUAAAUUUUUCACUUCAUCCUUUAAAAGCAUUUUGAAACGUAAAGUACGUUAGAAAGGAUUUCUUUCAUUGAUUAGCAUUUUUUUGGUUAUAUAAACAAUUUUGAAAAACGUCAGCGUGAAAUUAAAAUAUUUUUUUUUACAUUUUUUUAAAGACGUGAUUCCUAUGAUAUUUUUUUAUGGGUUGAAUCUUUAUAAGACUUACUAGUUAGACAUGACCUUGAAAAAAAGGGUAAGCGGACGUUUUUUUAAAAAAAUUUUUCUGCUGAUAUUUUAAAUAUCUACUUUCUUUUCAUUUUUUUUUUCAUGUAAACGACAACGAUUCUAAUUUUAUUGCCUGCUUGGUUGGGAUUCUUCGGUUAAAAACCCAAUUUUUAAAAUGACACGAUUUAUGAAGCUCAUUGAAACUUUUAUUGAAAUUCUUUUCUCGAAGCCCCUGAAUUUUACAAAUAAUAAAUUAGAAACAAAACAUUAAAAAAACAAAGUUCAUUCAAAAACGAAUUGUUUUCAGCAUUUUCGAUGUGCCGCCUGUGGUCAACCGUUUGCCGGCAAGGAACAUUAUGAACGGGGAAACAAGGCGUUUUUGCAAGGAGGACUAUACAAAGGCGAGUCAAAAAAUAGAGUAAAGUGCACCUUUUCAAUGAAAAAAACAGUAAAUUUAUGA